UAUGAUGCUGUUUAAUACAAGCAACCAUCUCUCUUUACUUCUCACUGGCAGGGUGAACCAUUUGUUCUCUUGGAAAUUCUUACUAUUCAUUAAUCCAACAUGUCUGAAGAUUCGCAUGUCGCCCUGACCAUAGGGACUCAUACCUGGGUCCCAAAUGAUGGAGCAAAGAUACAGAGCAUCAUCUCCAUCAUGCGAGCUCGUAACAUUAAAACUCUGGACACGGCUAGAUUAUACGGUGGAGGCGCGUCAGAGACGGCCAUUGGAUACUUGCAAUUAGGUCCAGAGUUCGCUGUUGAUACCAAGGUGCCAACAGGCUUUGCCAAAGGCCAAGCCGACAAGAUUGAGCAAUCAGCCCAAGAGAGCUUGGCCGCGCUCCAGACGAAACAAGUCAAGACCUAUCUUCUCCACGGCCCAGAUGAGACUGUUCCCUUCGAGAAGCAAAUGGAAGCCAUCCAAAAACUCUAUCUCCAAGGCAGCUUUCUGCGCUUCGGCGUCUCCAACUUUACUCGUGAUCAGGUCCUCAGACUCUAUAACAUUGCCAAAGCAAAAGGUUACGUGUUACCAUCUGUUUACCAAUGCAGUUACAGCAUUGCCUCUCGCCAUCACGAGGCUGAUUUAUUCCCCACGCUCCGCCAGCUAGGCUUCUCCAUCCAGGCAUUCUCUCCCAUGGCGGGCGGAUUCCUGGCCAAGACACCAGAGUAUAUUGAACAAGGUCAGGGUAGCUGGAAUCCCAAUACGCCGAACGGAAAAUUUCAACGCGAUCUAUUUUAUAAGCCGUCGUAUAUGAAAAUGCUCGCAGAAUUUGGGGCCUUAUCAGAGAAAACGGGCAUCAGUCGAGCAGGCUUGGCGUACAGGUGGGUGAGGCACCAUUCUAUUCUGAAGAAUCAAGCGGGUGAUGAGAUGAUUAUUGGUGCUUCAACCUCAGACCAGCUGGCAAAUACUAUGGAAGAACUAGAAGGCGGCCCUCUGGAGCCGUGGAUCGUCCAGCGUAUGGAGGAGCUUUGGGAGAUGAUCAAGCACGAAGAACCCGUUGAUAACUUGAAGUCGUUUCAAAACAUUUUUGGAUAAUUCUGAUGCAAGAGAAGAAAAUAGUGGGUAUCUCAAUUAAAAUGAUACAGUGGCUAGUUGGUAUUGUAGCUAGGAAGAACUGAGGGUUCCGCGGCAAUUGAAUGUCAAUGAUUGAACUUCGUCCUUCAGUUACGUGUAUAAGCACUGGGCUAUGCCAUAAAAUAUUCCUGAAUCG